UAGAGAUAUAACCAUGACUAGAAUGUACUAUUUGCUGAGUAUACACUGUUCAGUGACAUCAGUAUGCUAUAAUAUAGUACACCGUACAUUAGUGUAGGUCAGGUGGAUAUUGCUGUGGUAGUAAGGUGUGUAAGGAAUAAGUUUAUACCCAACUUCUUUCACUUUAUUUGUGACAAAGUAUCUUUGGGGUUAAAAGGGAAAGUUAAGGGAAACAUAAAUAUUGAUUUAGCCGCUGAUUCUUCGUUUUUGCACCACUUACACUUGAUGGGGGAAAAAAGCAAUAAGUAUAUUAGCAAGAUAAAUGUUUCACAGGUCUGAAAGUGGGUUUAAACAGCGUUAAGACUUUAGCUGCGUGUAAGUCGUGAAAAAACAUAUCAUCGUUUCCCUGAACUGUCCCUUAGUAAGUCGAGAUUUCCUGUGUUUCAACUGUGCUGGCGCGGAACAGUGGGCGGAGCAGCUUUUAACUUCUAUGACUCUGUGACUCAAACAUUACAAAUCACAGAGAGAUAACAGGACCCGGUUUGUUGAUAAUCUCAAUGACUGUCGGUAGUUUAAAACCGGGCUUUGCCGUGAUGAUGAAGACGACUUUGGUAGCCUUGUUGUGCAUUUUACCAUUCAUCGAAACCGCUACGUUAAAAGAAGUAGAAGUAGUAGCAGAAGAAGGCGACAACGUCUUGUUACAGUGUCCACAGGAUCCUCAAGUCAAUUUGGAGCGUUCACUCGUGGAGUGGACUAAAGAUGGCCGCACAAAUUUCGUCCAUGUGUAUAGACAUGGACAAGACUACUUUAAUGACCAGAAGGACGAGUACAAAGGCAGGACAGUCCUCUUCCGUGAAGGUUUGAGCCGAGGAAAUGUGACACUGCAACUUUCUUCUGUACGGCUGUCUGAUAAUGGAACAUUCAAGUGCUUUGUCAAAAAAACAGACACCUAUUGUUUUAUUACCCUCAAAGUUGGAGAAAAAGUCCAAAGCAACCAAACACAAGAUGACGACCUGAGGACAACCAGACAUCCAGAUGUGACCGAGAUGUAUUCUGGUGGUAAAAACACAGCAGCUAUCCUUACCGGCACCAUUUUCACUGUCAUUGUCAUCUGCUGUCUCAUCGGAGCUCUAGGCUGGAUCUAUAGAAAUGAACUGAGGAGGAGGUUCAGACGAUGGAGGGAGGGGGAAGCAGAGAUGCCGGCAAACAACGGUCAAAUGGACAACCUGAUGAUCUGAGCAGUAGAAGAGGGUAAAGACCUGGACAGCACUGUGGAAAACGGCCUGAAAAUCAUCCAGCAAGACUUGAAGUGACUUAUUUCACUUUUCUAAUUUAAUUAAUAACACUGCCUAAUGAAGCUGCUCAGUACAGAUUGCUGUAAUGCACUUUGCUUGUUUAUCGUGUUCACGCCAUGUUUCUGCCGCUCGCGCAACUACACACGCACUGCCUUAUUCCUUCCGCUACUUUUGUACCUUUCACGUAGAUGUCCUUUGAAGAACGAAGAGAGAGAGAGGAUGACUAAAAAAAUCCGUAGGGUGUUAUUGUUCUCGCACAGUGUGCAAGUGAAAAUCAUUAGUAGCCCAUUGAUAUUAAUGAUCGUCUGAAAUUUUAGCAGCGGCGCUCAUUAAUUUUGCUGAAUGAAUGUAGGGGAAACACUGACAGUCGAUCUGGCCUUACAACACACCAUCUUCUCCUGCGGUGAUUGUGACGUACCACAUGAUCAGAGCUGAUACCGCGUACACUCUGGUAUCGGAAAUAUUGACCUACAGACCCACGGCAGUAAAAGGAGACCUGACCCGAUUUAGAUGAAGUACUGUGGUGUGAUCUGAAGCCAGACUGAAAUCUUUCCAGAAGGGCAUUUACAAUUUUAGAAAAAAAAAAAAAAAAAAAGCUGAGUUGAAUCCAAAACAAUUUUCUCAGUAGUUUCUCAAUAAAGGGAAGAUUAGAGAAGCGUCUGCAAUUAUUCAAUAGGGAAAUAUCCAGGUUGCCUUCUUCCUUCGCAGUUUUCAGCGAUCCAGUUUUUGCACAUACUUUUCUAAGCAAUUGAAAAAAUUUUUUAAAGCUGGUUAUGUUAAAGCCAGUUGUAAGAGGCUUACCAUCAUACACUAAUGAGUACAAGCCGGAGAAAGUUGGAGACAUUUUGGUAAGGUUUGUGACUCAUUAUAGACGGGGACCAAAAACACUUUCUUGAGACAUGUUUGAACUUAUGUAGUUUUGGUUGUUUUAGACACAUGCUAAACAAACACAUUUCCAAAAACUAGAAGAUGUUACCUUUCAAAUUAAGCCCUAAUACAGCGAUUCUCAAUUGGUGGGUCGCGACCCAAAAGUGGGUCACGGACACGUUCUGAGGCACGCAUCAGAUGUGCGCAGCAUUCUCGUUGCCAUGGUAACCACCAUUCGUUUGCCGGUAACCCUUCUCUUUAAAUUUGUGAUGAUGGCGAAACGCAAAUAUAACCCGGAGUAUUUGAAAUGUGGAUUUUCGUUCAUUGAGGACAAACACGGAGAGAAACCAGAGUGUGUUAUUUGUAAUGAAGUGCUGGCACAUGAGAGCAUGAAACCAUCCAAACUAAUGCGACAUUUACAAACGAAACAUCCUGCAUGUAAAGACAAGCCGGUGGAGUUUUUUCAAAGACGACUUCAUGAACUGAAGGUAUCACAGAAGUGUCUGACAGCAUCUUGCUCCAAACAAGAACAAACGCUCCGGGCGUCUUACCACGUAGCUCACUGUAUCACUUUUAUACAUGCAGUUGGCAUGGUCCUCCUCAGCCUCUUACUAAUGUACAGAGAUAUGCAGAGAAGUAAAAUAUCUAAUUUUGUGGCCUUAUUUAUUUUGUGCAGUUUUGAUAUUUAAUUUUAUUGCAGUAACUUUUAUACAUGUAGUUGUCAUGUUCCUGCUGAGUUUCUUAAAAAAUUGCUAUGCAUUCGCUUUGCAUGCAUAUGUAUGUUUAAAUGUGUUUUUGAAGGUUGUUUCAAAAACAAAAUAAAUUUGUUUGUUUUGUAUUCUAUAAAGGUGGGUCGCGACUUAAUGACCAUGGGAAAAUGUGGGUCCCGGGCUGAGACCAGUUGAGAACCCCUGCCCUAAUACAUGCAUUCUGGCCUCAUAGUUCUGCUAUUAUAAGCUUUUCCAUUUGGGUGUGGCAAAUAGGCAAAAAUUCCCAAAAAAUGGUGGAUGUUAAGAGGUUAAAGAACUUAAUGUUACUGCCUGCUGACCUGAGAUUUCUCUGUGUGUGUGUGCAUGUGUUUGUACAGACGGGUGACAAAUUAGAGGGAAAAUAGAUGUGUCAUUAUAGGAUAAAAAAAAAAAAGAAGCUGAGUUGAAUCCAAAACAUGUGUUUUAUACACAUGCUAAACAAACACAACACACCUGU